UUUGUCUAUAAUGUUUUAAAAAUAAUAAAUGGAAGAUCAGUGUACCUCAUUCAUGGAAACUUUCAGGCAUGUAUAAUUCAUUUAUAUUAGCAUUAAAGUGUUCGUAAUAUUUUAUAGCAGCUGUCUGCUUUGUUACGUCAGGGUUCACUUUUAUGUCCUUUCACUUCAUAUUUCUCUCUUUAAUUUAUUUGAAUUAUUUUGAUGUACUGAAAAGGACAUCAAACAUUGAGGACAUUUUCUCUUUUUUUUCUUCCAUUUUUAGAUAUGAUUGAAGAGGAGGAGGAGAGUGAAGAACUGAGUGAAGUGGAGGAGAAACAUCAUGUCAAACCUGGAGAAAAACCUUUGAGUCGCUCAAAGACUAAAAAUACAUUUUUAAAGAAAAGAAGAGCCAAGAAAUCUUUCACCUGCACUCAAUGUGGAAAGAGUUUCACAGCCAAACAAAGUCUUGAGAGUCACAUGAGAAUCCACACUGGAGAAAAGCCGUUCACAUGUGAUCAGUGUGGGACGAGUUUCAAACAAAAAAUACAUCUUAAUCAACACAUGAAAAUCCACACUGGAGAAAAGCCAUUUAAGUGUGAUCAAUGUGGGAAAGGUUUUACACGAAAAAAUCAUCUUAAUCAACACAUGAAAAUCCACACUGGAGAAAGGCCAUUUGCAUGUGAUCAAUGUGGAAAGAGUUUCAGUCAAUCAGCACAACUUAAGAGUCACAUGAGAGUUCACACUGGAGUGAAGCCGUUCGCAUGUGAUCAGUGCAGCAAAACAUUUAUUACCUCAUCAAACCUGAAGAAACACCUGACUGUUCAUAUGAAGGAGAAGCCACAUUCAUGUUCUGUGUGUAGAAAGAGUUUUUCACUGCUGAAAUAUUUACAUGUGCAUCAGAAAAUACAUACUGGUGUGAAAGAGUACAUGUGCUUUGAGUGUGAGAAGACUUUUACUACAGGGAGCGAAUUAAAAAAACACCAGAGGAUCCACACUGGAGAAAAACCAUACAAGUGUUCACACUGUGACAAGAGAUUCAGUCUGUCACAUCAUCUGAAAACACAUGAGACGAUUCACACUGGAGAAAAACCUUACAAGUGUUCACACUGUGACAAGAGAUUCAGUCAGUCAUCAUCUCUGAAAACACACGAGAGGAUUCACACUGGAGAGAAGCCGCACACAUGUGAUCAGUGCGGAAAGAGUUUCACUAUUAAAAGUAUAUGAAGAUACACAUGAAGAUCCAUGCAGUAGA